CAUGGGCAAAUUGAUGAAACCAAUGGACAAGGAUUAGUAAAAAAAUGUGAACUCUCUUUCGCCAAACAUCAACUCCAAGGUCAACUAUUCAAGUUAUCUUCAACCGUGCGUGAGCUUAUAAGCGGUAUCCGUGAAGCGAUCAUUUGGCAUCGUAAGUUACACAAAAUCAUAUUUCUUCAUAAUAAAAUUCCGGAUGGAAUUAUCAUUUUGGAAGGACUCAACUAUAUGGGUGUAUAA